GCAUCAAAGGUACCAGCGAGCUCGAAAAGACUCACCACGAGCCCACACCACAUACCAACACCGGCAACAUCGUCUAUGACCCUGACACGGACACCUACACCAACGCCAAUUCAAAUCCGGACUCCAGUGGUGCGGGUGGUGGUAGUGGUGAUGGGAGUGCAGGCCAAAGCCCUGUGUGGGACGGGAUCAAGCUCGGGUUGAUACUCACGCUGAGUGCUGUGUUGUUGUUGGUGGUUAUUGGCUUCACUGUAAUCUUGUGCAAACGUAUACGAAAUAGGCGAGCACUAAAGGGCAAUGGCGAAGACUGGCAAUCUCUGAGUUCGGAUGCAGAUUUCGAGCUAAGGUAUCGCUCAGACGCUGUGCUGGAUGAUCUGGGUGACGAUGACGAUGUCGAACCACUGAAUUUGGGACAGGACGACGAAGGCAACUGGAUAGGCGACGACGGCGACCACAAGCUGAUCCAAGG